GCACUUGAAAAUAGGCACAUUGACAUAAGAACCAUCAUGCUUUUCACGCUGUGCACCUUCCUCACUCUUUUUGCCUUUUCCACCUGCUUUGAGGAGACUAAAGCAACUAAUCUAGAAAGUCAAGAGACAUAUAAUGACUUGUUUGAGUCCAAAGAAGACUUCCAGAAUGAGAGGAAUGUUAAUUCUGAUGAAUAUCUGUACUGGGGAUCCAACAGCCUAAAUGACAUGAACAGAUUCAGCAGCCUGUCCAUGCAGCCUGAGAGGGAAUUUCGACAGGAACGAAACCUUAAACCUGCUGCAAAUCUGCCUCUGAGAUUUGGAAGAGCAUCUGAUGACAAAAUGGCCAAAAGCAUUCCCAAUCUUGACAAAAUAAUAGCCAAAAGCAUUCCCAAUCUACCUCAACGGUUUGGGCGUUACUUGUCUGGCAAGGCUAAUGUCCAGUCAGUGGCUAAUUUACCCACAGAGGUUCGGAAGAUCACAAUAUAGCAACCGUUUUUGUUCACUCCCUUGCCACAUUACCACUGCGAUUUGGAAGAACAGUGCAUUCUAAUGAAAUGAAUUCUCAUCCUCUAGAAUUGAAAAACCCUGAAGAAGACAAUGACAGGAAGAAAAGACAAGCAAUGACCUAUGAAUAUGAGCGGAGUGUCCAGAUGUAG